UCAAAAUGGCGGCGACGCAUGGCGUGAAACUUAAGUAUUUAAAGUGUGAUUUCAUGGAUAGUGCCGCAACAGACGCGUCUCCGGAAGAUCAGGGGGAGUUUGGAAAAAACAAUGUCUCUAUCUUUGAUCUGGAUGUUGGAAGGACCUCGGAGUCCAUAUAUGGAAGCCUGGAUCCUUCCAUUUUAUCCAUCUUUCAGGAGAAGACAUCGGCUCACGAGGUGUGUAACAGAAUGGAUGCAGAGAGUGAAGCGUCGUUGCUUUCCGCUCUGACAGAGAUUUUAGACAGCGUGGAUGUGGAGACGCUGUCGCCAUUCGACACUCUACCAGACUCUGAGAUAUUUUCAGCUCAAAAAGGUCCUAACCACACGCUAAGGAAGUUGCUUCAUUUGACACAGUCGUCUCAUGAUCGGACCGCUUCUGUUCGAGACCCAAAAUUCUCUCCGUCACCAGUCUCAAAGUCAGGAAGAGAGGUUAUAAUUUCAGACAGACAGUUGAGGCCUCGUCGCCACCUGGGGACUCAAAGCUUGACUCCACAGCGAAGUGGCGGUGAGAAGAAUCGGAGGGAGUCCAAGAGUCGUCCCGUGAGAACAUUCCGGCUUGAAUCCGACACAAUAUUUCCACAUGACGAGCUUGAAUUCCUUGUCGAUGUAGUAAGACACAUGCACCCGUACUGCAUCAGGACUGAUCUCGAGGAACACACCAGAAAUGCUGAUGUCCACAUGACCUCAGAGGAGGACGAGGAGGUGUUUGUUGAUGUUGAGGGUUAUGAGGAACAUGAGGAGAACAUUCUGGACCAACAAGAGCUGAAUCCAAAAGCAAGUGGUUCAACUCUGAUAUCUGUUUCAGUCAUGGAUCCGUAUCAAAAUUCAGUGAGAAAGUGUCCCACUGGCCACUUUAACACCCAGGAAGAAAACAGCAUGAUAUCUUUGCACGAAAAUGUUACCAAGAUGCCAAAACGCAGUGCUUUAGUCAAAAGUGAUGUAGGUCGGACAAAGAAAACUGUAAGCUUUGCUGUAAAUUUAACCUCCGUUUAUGAGAUUCCACUUGAUGACGAGGAACCGGAAUCCAAUUUGCCGAGAUCACCAUCGUUGAAUGACAGUGUGGAAGAAUAUUCUAGCCCUGGGUGCAACUACUCUGAAACCACAUCCUCUGAAAAUGAUCAAAAGUGUGACAUCACUUCCCCUCAGAAGCCCAAAUCCCUCAGUCUGCAGCAGUACCGCCUCCUCAGACAGAAAAAGCAACUUCCUCUGGAGGAACAACUCAUGGACCAUCGAACAAAAUGGCCUUCUGUUCCCUACGUUCCCAGGGAACUUUUGUCCAUCUUGCCGGACUUGAAACCCCAGCUGAUGAACUUACAAACACAUGAGAUCUCAAAACGAGCAGCUGUUCAUGUGAAGAUAUCUGCAUGCAGGCCAAGGGAACUUGCACGCUCCACAUGCAGAGAUGCCGUGAAGGUCAAGAACGUGGGCAGAACAUCUGUAGAUCUUUGCGUUGAUCCACCAAAUCCUGCCAUAGUGCCCCUGAAACCCACACGACAAGAGCCAGAUGGAGUUACAACACCUUCUAAAAUAAUGACAUCACAUGAAGUUCAUGUCACCGACCAGCAGACUGAUAACGCCAACAUUCUACAACCCCAAACACAAGCAGCGACUGUGGGCACCUCAGAAGUGAAUCAUUCUGAUUCUUUGGCAUCAAAGACAGAUAUUUGCGUUUCUUGCAUCGCUGAGGUCACACCCAUUUUUGACCUUGUCUCAGUGGCCAUCAAACCCAGAACUUCUGUCUCGGGGUCGCUUACGAGAACCAAACCAGAACCGUCGGCUCAGAGGAGACUGAUGUCUGUUCUGAUGCCCAGCGGAGGAGAGCAGAGCCAGACCACAUCUGGUGAAAUCGGUAUAGAGGCCACAGACUUGACAAGUCUUUUGGAGCAGUUUGAAACUCAAGACGGGCACAUGCUUCCAGAAGUUUCUCCAGAUGAGCGCCAGGACCGAUCACAGCACUGUAGACUCACAGAUCUGAGCAGCACUGCAGGACUAACCCCACCAGCAACACCACCUCAUCAGAUCUGGAGACCCCUGUUGCCUGUUAAGGGCAUGAAACAUGAAUCUAUGAAGUCGUCACCCAGUAAAACCAUUCAGAUCAUUGAGCCUCGCCCGCUGCCAGCCAGUAAAACUCAUUCAAAACCUCCAUAUCCCACCUGCAGUCCAGUCCCAAACCCUGCCCUAGUGUGCAUGGACCACGACUACUGCGCAACUCGGGACACUUCAAAUCAGUGCAGUAAGUCGUCACAUUCAGAUAUGGAUGCACGUUCAAACCUCACUAACCUGAAAGAGUGGAGAAAUCAUUGUAAUGAGAGUACUUUGUCAGAGGCGCCGUGUCUCUCUGGUUCAGUGCUGCUCUCUCCAGACAGCUCCCCCUGCAGGAUGGGCACGUUUGAACGGGCGGAGUCUCUGAGGGGGCGGUCCUUGCGGUUUUCCCCUCGGUCACCCAGCCCACCAGACCAGGGAAGGGGGCGGAGGAGGAGGCGGGGUUACGGCGGCCGAUACCAGCGCUCCAGUUCCAGGUCGUCUUGCUCUUCUUGUUCUUCAUUUGCUUCAUCAUCUUCAUCCUCUCGUUCCAGGUCUCGAUCUCCACUGAGGAAGAGGUUCAGGUAUUCUGGGAGCAGUUCCUCAUCGCGCUCUAGUUCACGAUCAUCAUCUCGCUCUCCUCAACGCAAGCGUGGACGUCACUUCUCCAGAUCUUUGUGUCGUUCUCGUUCUGGUUCGCGCUCACCUAAACCGGAUUGGAACGAUAAUCACUGCAGAUGGAAGAGUCGUAGACAGAAGGAACUGAACCGCCGACAUGAAGAGGCUCGUAAAAUAAGCCAACAGAAAGCUAUUGAGGAGCGCAGGGUCGUGUACGUGGGUGGUAUUCGUAGAAGUAUGUUGCCCUCUGACCUCAAAGAUCGAUUCUCGCUGUUCGGGAAAGUUGAGGACUGUACAGUCCAUCUCAGGAGUCACGGAGAUAACUAUGGUUUUGUCACAUACUACAAUACAGACGACGCUUUCAACGCUAUUGAGAAAGGCAGCAAACUGAGGCGUCCAGAUGAACGGCCCUUCGACGUCUGCUUUGGUGGCCGACGGCAAUUUUGCAAAUCCAACUAUGCAGAUUUAGAUUCCAACCGGGACGUUGACCCGCCAUCCAAGAGCCUCUGUGACCCGCUGGACUUUGACACACUACUGAAACAGGCAAAGAGAGGGAUAAAGAGUUAGCAGCAAAGAAGAUGAUGAUAUCCCGAUAGAUGAAGCAGAGACUAUAGCAUUACCUCACUGCAUUGACAACAUCUCAACCGAACAGCUAAACUGCUUUCGGCUGGUGACCAUCUUGAAGAAAUAAUUGAAAAAGAAAAAUCAAUUUUGGGGUGAACUUAUUUUAAAUGACCAGUAAAACCAUUUAAAUCUUAUUGAUGCUGACAGAAUGUUUAUAUUUGAGUGAAGAGACUGACGAUGUAGAUUACCACAGAAACUCAUUUCAAUCCGUCCCUCAGUUAAGUUGUAAAAACAAAGAAAUUUUUUGACACAGAUGAACACAAUGGAAGUCUACAGGGUAAACGUACAGAUAAUGUGGGUCGAGCACAUCCCAGAAUAUUCCUUCAAGCUGAUUUGAAGCAGGGACACUUGCACUUCAAUUUGCUGAAAGGUUUCAGUUAAAACCUUCUGUUGAAGUACUUUUUUGUUACAAAAAAAUAUAUAUAUAUAUAAUAUACAUAAUGUAAUGGUUUUAAAAGAUGAUAUAAUCAUCGGGACAUAAAACUAAUUUAAAUAAUGUGUAGUUUGUCUUCUAUAAGUGAGGGGUUUUUAAGUGAUAUCAUAAAACGUGUUCUUUCAGUUUGAAUGAUGAUGCAUUAUCUUAA